UUAAAAAACAACUAAGCGCCGAGAAGGAGGAGGCUCGCAUCGCAAGGAACCAAAGCAAACCCCAGCAGAGCAAAGCUCCGCCAUCAAGUCCCGGAGGAGCGCAGCGGAGGGAGGGAGGACGCAGUACAGGCUGCAGUAUGUUCUCCUCGGUGAAGCCCUACGAGGGCCAGCAGUUUGCAGCUUUGAGGAAACAGUGCCAGCAGAACAGGACGCUGUUUGAAGAUCCUCUCUUUCCCCCUGUGGACCAGUCUCUGUUCUACCAGGGCAACCGCAUCGGCAAAGUCACCUGGAAGAGGCCCAAGGAACUCUGUGAUGACCCCCACCUGUUUGUUCAUGGUAUCAGUGCUCAUGACCUGCACCAGGGGCAGUUGGGAAACUGCUGGUUUGUGGCCGCCUGUUCCAGUCUUGCCUCCAGAGAAGCUUUGUGGCAGAAAGUGAUUCCUGACUGGAAAGACCAGGAAUGGGACACGAAACGGCCCGAGUCGUACGCGGGGAUCUUUCACUUUCGCUUCUGGCGGUUUGGAGAGUGGGUGGAUGUGGUCAUCGAUGAUCGACUGCCUACUGCCAACGGCAAACUGGUCUACUGCCAUUCAAACGACAGUAAUGAAUUCUGGAGCGCGCUGGUGGAAAAAGCCUACGCCAAGAUGUAUGGCUGCUAUGAGGCACUGGAUGGUGGGAACACAGCAGAUGCUCUGGUGGAUUUCACAGGAGGCGUGUCGGAGCCCAUCGACCUGCUGGAGGGACAUUUUGGUCAGGAGGAGGAAGCCAGGAACCAGCUGUUUGAACGCGUCCUCAAAGUCCACAACAGAGGAGGCCUCAUCAGCUGCUCCAUCAGAGCAACCUCUCAGGCAGACAUGGAGGCCCGUCUGGACUGUGGUUUGGUCAAAGGUCACGCCUACGCAGUGACGGAUGUGCGGAGAGUUCGGCUGGGUCACGGCCUUUUGGCUUUCUUCAAGUCCGAGAAGCUGACCAUGAUCCGCAUGCGGAACCCCUGGGGGGAGCGAGAGUGGAACGGACCGUGGAGCGACAGUUCAGAGGAGUGGCAGAGGGUCAGUAAGAGUGAAAGGGAGAAGCUAGGGGUCACUGUGGAGGAUGAUGGGGAAUUCUGGAUGACAUUUGAGGACUUCUCCAAGCACUUCACUGACCUGAUCCUGUGCCGACUCAUCAACACCUCCUACCUGAGCAUCCAUAAGACCUGGGAAGAGGCCAUGUUGUUUGGGUCUUGGAGUCGUCAUGACGACCCGCUCAGAAACCGCUCGGGAGGCUGCAUCAACAACAAAACCACUUACCUCCAGAACCCACAGUAUGUAUUUGAGGUGAAAAAGCCUGAGGACGAGGUGUUGAUCUGUUUGCAGCAGAAGGACAGGAGAGCUCGUUCUAAAGAUGGAAAAGGAGAAAACCUGGCCAUUGGCUUCGACAUUCAAAAGGUGGAGCUGAACCGGAUGUAUCGCAUGCACAUGAGCCAGCAGAAGAUGUGUAGCUCCAUCUUCAUCAACUCUCGCAGCGUGUUUGUGCGUAAGGACCUGAACGAGGGCAGAUACGUAAUCAUCCCCACCACUUUUGACCCCGGCCUGCAAGGAGACUUUCUGCUACGAGUCUUCACAGAUGUGCCUUCAGACUGCAGAGAGCUGACCCUGGAUGAGCCUCCGCAGACAUGCUGGACGGGCCUGUGUGGAUAUCCACAGCUGGUCACACAGGUGCAUGUGAUGAAGGCCGUGGGGCUGCAGGGUCAGGACUCAGAUGGCUCGUCUGACCCGUACGUUAUCAUCAGCUGUGAAGGGGAGAAAGUGCGCUCCCACGUCCACAAAAGCACUCUGAGUCCCGACUUCGAUGUGAAGGCAUUGUUCUACAGAAAGAAACCCAAACAGGGCAUCCUCAUUGAGAUCUACAACAAGAAUGUCCUGAACGACUCCUUUAUGGGUCAGAUCACUCUGAGUGGUGACGUGUCAGACCUGCAGCAGCACCACACUGUCCACCUGCGAGGCAAAGGCAGCCGGCAGGGCAGUGACCUCCCGGGCAUGCUCAGCGUGAGUGUCAUCACCAGCAACGUCCUGACCAACAUCUGAGACCCGCCAGGCCGGCCCAAACCGGACCAUCACCGUGGCGAUCGUGUGUCAUGCUCACCUGUGGUAACUCAGAGCUCAUGUGCGUUGAGGUGUAGUGUGUGUAUAUACCUAAAUACUUCAAAAAGCUUCUGGCUACUUCUGUCUAAUGUACCUCAGUGGCCUUUUUAGCUCAUUUAAAAUUUUUUAUAUUAAUAACGACUUGCUAUGAAAUGAAUGAAAGUGGAUAGUCACAUGCAUUCACACAUAUUUGUGGCUACUGGCUUCCAUUUGUUGUGUUAGUUUGUUUGGUUAAGCUCUUCUUUUAAUGAGUUUUGUUUACGUCUUCUCCUGGACCAAAAACCUUUUAGCUGUUUAUUUCAGAUAUUAUAUUUUCUUAUUUCAAGCGCUUGACUGAUGAUGCCACUUUGGAGUUCUCUAAAUGCUGGGAAUUGUGUGCCAUUACCAUGUAGCCAACCAACCAUCCAAAGUCAUUACGUGCUGGACAGUCAUUAAACUUGUUUACGCAAUGCGCUUAGUACUCAGGACAUGUAGGUACUCAGUAUAUGGAUAACUCAGUAUUGCAGGGAACUGCUGUAAUCCAAAUGUUCUCCAGGCUAAAUUACACCUGGACACGUUGUGUGAACCAGACAGCCAAUCAGACUGGUGGAAUCAGGUUAAUUUAGAAGUGCCUGUACAAAAGGGGAAUUCCACCAGUCGUCCAAAAUUCCUGCUUCAGUUGUUGAGUCAUUCAGAGUGAUUCGAUAAGAAAUGGUUUAUUGGUGGUGAUGGAAAACCGAAGUCACAAUGUCUGUAACACAAAUAUAGCCAUUUAAUUUACUAUCCAAAACCACCAGUGGACCUACAUGUGUUUUCUGAGCUUUAUAUCGUCAUCAUGCACAAAAAAAAGGGUCUCCAGUGGUAACUUAACGGGAGCAGACCACCAAGUUCUUAACCUUUAAUGUAUCGUAUUGUAAUGAGAUUUUUUUCUAAACAACUGGGACAUUUCUAUUGGUCCAUUUUUAGAACACAAACAGCUGCUCUGCCCAAAUGAUGCCAUAAAAUCUAAAUCAACAGCGAUGAUAUGUACCGCUAAUAAUGCUGAAAUAGUGGCAAAUCUGAAAAAAUAUUUUGCUUUUCGCCUUAUAGUAUCCUGCAGUAUCCUCACCACCAUGAAUGGCUUUAAAAAAUUAGUUUUAAGCCCAAAUCCUGUCUCAAUACAUUGACAUUUGGCAGACACUCUUAUCCAGAGAGACUUACAAUGUGAUCAUUUUACACAGGAAGGCAAAGGUGGUAUUGGGAGUCUUGCCCAAGGACUCUUAUUGGUAUAGUAUAGGGUGCUGCCCUGGUGGG